AUAGGUCAAAUGUGAGGAUGUCAUGCGUGCAUACGUAGAUAGAUGCCGUAAAGUGCAGCCUUACAUAAACGCCGUUACUGAUGCUCGGUAUGAAGAUGCUUUAGAAGAGUCGAGACUGGUUGAUCGCUUUUUAGCUAGAGGAGAUAAAACACCAGAUGAAAUUGAAAAAGACACGCCACUUUUAGGCGUUCCUUUUUCUUGCAAGGAAGCCAUAGGAGUCAAAGGUUUGGCGCAGACAUCUGGAAUUUAUGCAGCUAAAGGAAGAGUUGCCGACAAAGAUUCUGAUGCAACUGCCUAUUGCAGAGCUGCUGGAGCUAUACCUAUUACAGUAACAAAUAUGCCUGAGAUGUGCAUGUGGUGGGACACCUCAAAUCUGAUUUUCGGAAUAACUAAAAAUCCUUUUGACAACUUAAGAGCAGUCGGUGGCAGCACGGGAGGAGAAGCAGCCCUCUUAACUACUGCUGGAGCAGUUAUAGGUAUAGGCAACGAUCUGGGUGGAAGUAUACGCAUCCCAUCAUCAUUUAAUGGAAUCUAUGGGCAUAAACCUUCUACUGGAGUCGUCUCUAAUAAAGGGGAUUUCCCUUACAUUGAAGGCGAAAAUGAAAAACUUGAUGAAUUCACCAGCACAGGCCCAAUGUGUCGAUAUGCAAAGGACUUACCUCUUCUUUUAAAAAUACUCUCGAAUGAUGAUAAACGGUUACAGCUGAAUAAAAAGGUGGAUUUUUCGAAAGUAAAAGUUUACUACAUAGAAGAGUUUCCAGGACUAGCUUUUUCUCCUACGCCGUCAAUCAAGAAAACAGUAAGGAGAGCUGCAGAUUUCUUCGAGGAAAGAUUUGGCACUAAAGCCAUUCCAUUGACACUCAACGAGCUCCAGAACCCGUUCCAAUUGUGGCAGAGUAAAGUUCUCGAAAAGAAUUUAGAGCCUUUCAAGUUAAUCUUUGCAAAUGAAAAUGGACAAGUUCAUCUGGGAUGGGAGUUUCUGAAAGUGAUUUUUCGUCUUUCAAAUCACACUUUGCCAUGCCUGUUCUACGCCGCUAUUGAAAAACGAGAUAAGGACCAAUUCCAUUAUGAUUGUUUACAGCAGUUUGCCUCACUAAAGCAAAAGUUUUUAGACAUUUUUCAAGAAGAUUCAAUUGUUUUGCUACCUACGCAUCCGGAGCCACCGCCUUUCAGUCAUUUAACAAUCCCAAAAUUCAAUAAUAUUGGCUACACAGCCAUAUUUAAUGUCUUAGGAUUUCCCGUAACUAACAUACCUGCAGGCAUAAGUGAUGGCUUACCCAUUGGAUUACAGGCAGUCAGUGGACCUUUUAAAGACCAUCUAACGAUUGCUGCAGCUGUAGAACUUGACAACCUAUUCGGAGGAUGGAACAGUCCUUGUCCUCUUUCAUCUAAAUAAUAACGCUGCAUUCAUAAAGUUUUUCCUAGAAUGAUUGUGAUUGAAAUUAUAUUGACUGUUUAAAAAAGCAUCAUUCGUUGAAACAAAUAUUUUUUAAUAUUUUUCCAGAAACUGAAAUUACACCGAAGAGCCAUUACAUUAUGACCACCCUUCUAAUAACAUGUAGGAUCACCUUUAAACCUCAAAACUGCUAUCACCCGCCGUGGCAUUGAUUCCACAAGGUGCUGAUAGGUGGUCUGAGGUAUCUGGUACCAAGCGC